AUGGUUUCUUCAACAUUUUCAUUGAGCGCUGGAUCGCUGAUGCUGGCUUUGUUGUCUUCCCCUGUGGCCGCCGCAAGUUACUCCCUGGUGGAGAACUGGCAGGGGGAGCAUUUCCUGGAUUACUUCAAUUUCCACGUUGGGACUGACCCAACCAAUGGCUUUGUCAACUAUCUUGACAAGCACUCCGCCGAGAGCGCAGGCCUCGUCAAGGUCACCGAUUCCGGCAGUGUCUAUCUAGGUGUCGACCAUGUUACCAAGUUGAACCCCAACGGCAAGAAAGGUCGUGAUUCGGUUCGAAUCGGCAGCAAGAAAUACUACGACAAGUCCCUGGUCAUCGCCGAUCUCGCUCACAUGCCGGGUAGCGUUUGUGGUACUUGGCCCGCCUUCUGGUCUGUCGGCAGGAAUUGGCCUGGUGAUGGUGAGAUUGACAUCAUCGAGGGUGUCAACUUGCAAGACUACAACGAAAUCGUGAUGCACACAGCUGGCACUUGCAGUUUGACAGAUACAGACAUGACCGGGGUUGUCAAUGCUACAGGGUGUGGUACGGAUCUUGGAACUGUCGGUUGCGUCAUCGAGGGACACAAAGGAAGCUAUGGCACAUCAUUCAACGAGCAAAAGGGAGGUGUUUAUGCGCUUGAGUGGACCGAUGAUUUCCUCAAGAUCUGGUACUUCCCCCGACACUCGAUCCCUCCCUCAAUCACUAGCGGCAAGCCCGACGUUACUCAGUUCGGUACACCUAUGGCCCUGGUGGAGGAAUCAUGCGACAUCGCCAAUGCCUUCAAGGCACAGUCCUUUGUUUUCGACGUCACAUUCUGCGGUGAUUGGGCAGGUGGUGUUUAUGGUAACUCUGGUUGCCCUAUGACCGGUGGGGACUCCUUCCAGAGCUGCCACAACUACGUUGCCAACAAUCCUGCACAAUUCGAACAGUCUUACUGGGAAAUCAAUUCUGUCAAGAUCUAUCAGACCAGCGUCAAGGGCAUCAACUCCCCUGCCUCCUCAAAGACUCAGGCUGCGCCUGUUGUCCCCCAGACACACACCCAAGUUCACGAGCAAACGCACGCGCAAACCCACACCCAAGCUCACACCCAAGCUCACGCGCAAACCCACACCCAAGCUCACACCCAGGCUGACGAGCAAACCCACGCGGAAACCCACGCCCAGACUCACGCCCAGACCCACGAAGAGACCCAUGUUGUCAGCACUGCUACUGCUGUAUACACUGCUGCUGCCAACCAGGGCGAGUCUGUUGGAACAGUUCAGGAACUGAACCCUACAACUGCGCCCCCUCCCGCAGCUACUGCCAAACCCCAUGGCACCGAAGCAGCCGAGCAGCCAGCUUCUCCCAAGAAGACUCGGACUGUCACCUCCCUUGUCACGUUCACCCAAACCGUUUGCUCAGAUGCCGAACAGCCUUCUGCUUCUGCUGGUCACGCUUCUGUCGAUCCUCUUGGCGCUUCUCGUCCUCACAGUACCCAGGUCCCAACGGAUACCCAAGAUUCCGAGUCACACACCUCAUGGCACACUGCUACCAGCGUCGCAUCUGUCCCGGCUGCCAACCCACUGCCCACCCCUGAGACGCAGUCUGAGUCUGUUAUCGGUUCUACGGCUGAGGUGGCUGAGCCGAUUCCUGCCACUGCUGAGAGCUUGGGUGCCGAAUGGUUGCAUCCCUCUCGGUACCUCGCUGCCGUUGUUUCGUCGGUCCCUUACGAGACCUCCAGGGCUCUGAUCCCUGCCCCCACCGGUGUUUCACCUGGAACCGCUACGUCCGCCACAUCUGGCUUCUUUGUUCCCAGUGGGUCUCAGUCUGGGGACGGCCCUGUCUUCACCGGAGCCGCUGAUCGGUUGUCUCUGAGCAUUUCCGCUCUCUUCUUCGCAGUCAUCGUUGCUGCUCUGGCUUAA